AUGGAUACUCGCUACCAACCAGAAGGUUUGUCCUUUGGCACAAAGGAUAACUUCAGCCCUAAUUUCGAGAAUGGACGAUUCCCUCUCGCUUCCGACCAGCAACAACAACCCCAAUAUACACCUCAACCACAGCAACUGAGCCAGUAUGGCCUACCCUCGGGUCCUCGUAUGCAGACUCCCCAGCAGCAAGGCCAGUAUGGACUGCCUUCUGGACCUCGUCAAUCUCAGCACUCGCCUCAGUCAAGCCGGGAUGUAAACAACUACUCCCGCUUGUCCAACCCUCAGCAGCAGCAACAGCCACUGGAGCAGCAACAGCAGCAGCUACAAUCGAACCAGUACCAGCCUCAACCUGUCGCACCUCAACAGAGUCAGUUCCCAUUCCAGUCUGGUGAGACCACUCGCACCAACACAUGGGCGAACAACACGCCAGCAACGCAAACUCCAGCGCCAAUGUACGCUUCUGACGCAGGCUACUUCCCCGGCCCAGUCGACGCCAAUGGAUACCGUAUCGAUACGAAGGAAAGGCCACAACAGCCAGAGAACCCCUUCAGAGACCCAGCUCUCCAGUCUCCGCCACCAAUGGACGAGAUCGAUCUGGAGAAACACAAGCACGACGAUGGCCACUCCGGAUGGGACAAGCACACUAAGAUUCCUGGCAGGAAGGAUCCUAAUCAGCCAUAUCUUACCUUUGGAGAGCGAAUCAGGCACUACACAUGGGCGAACUAUACCCUGACCAUGGCCACGGGUGGUCUUGGUACGCUCAUCGCUAUCCAGCCCCAUUCUUUCCCUGGUCUUAUCACUAUCGGUGCCGUUUUCUACAUCCUCAACCUCAUGCUGUUUACUGCUGUAACAAUGACUAUGGUCCUUCGUUUCACCAAGUAUGCUGGAUCCUUCAAAGCCUCUAUCACCCACGAACGUGAAGGCCUCUUCCUCGGACCAUUCUUUCUUUCCAUCGCUACGAUCAUCACCGGUACUCAAAAAUACGUCAUAGAAGCUUACGAAGCGGAUCAUCCAAAUCGAGCUUGGGCAGUCACCACAAUGGCGGUUGCAUUUUGGGCCUACACUUUCUUCGCUUUCUGUCUGGCUAGCUUUCAAUACUCGUUCCUCUUUUGCUGCCAUACAUACAAGCUCACCAGCUUCAUGCCUUCGUGGCUUCUACCUAUCUUCCCUAUCAUGCUUUCGGGUACGAUCGCGUCGACGAUUGCCGCUUCACAGCCUGUGUCUGCCAGAAUGCCGAUUCUGGUUGCAGGACUUGGAUGCCAGGGUCUUGGAUUCACGGUAGCUAUUCUCAUGUACGCGCAUUACAUUGGCCGUCUUAUGCAGGUCGGGUACCCCGAUCGUGAGCAUCGAGGAGCCAUGUUCAUCGCUGUCGGUCCGCCUUCUUUCACCUGCUUAGCUUUGAUUGGUAUGGCCAACGCUCUCCCUGACGACUUCGAUUUGCAGGGAGACGGCCUCGUCGAUGCCAAGCUACUCAGGACUCUGGCUCUAAUUGUCGCGCUUUUCCUUUGGGUAUUGGCUAUGUGGUUCUUCAUGGUCACUCUUAUCGCUGUCAUCAACUCUUGGGCUGUUUACUUCCAUCUCGGAUGGUGGGCUAUGGUCUUCCCUAACACCGGUUUCGUCAUCGCUACCAUUUCCAUCGGCAACUCCCUCAAAGAUGAGACGGUGCUCUAUGUUGGGAACGGUCUUACCAUCGCUGUCAUCACCAUGUGGUUCUUCGUCCUGUUCAAACACGUUCAGGCCGUCUACGUGGCAGAUAUCAUCUACCCCGGCAUGGACGAAGACAUUGCCGAUCAUUAA